AUGCCAAGCGUCGUGUGCUCUCCGUUGUCCAUGCGCAGACCGUCGACGAAAGCUCUGAUUCUGCAACAGAAACAGCACCAAGAAGAGCAGCAAAUGACGCUGUCGCGAGCGGAAACGGCUGACGAUGCGCUGCUAAGUCAGUCGGUCACCCAAGGGAUUUCGCAGCUGACACCGGAAGAAGAGGCAGCAGCAUUUCGAGAGCGUUCGAAUUCGCUGGCUGUGCUCGAGUCGAUGCGCUCGCACUUGCUGGGCACCGGCCACAUUAUGAGCGUAAAAGCCACAUCAAAGUUGAAGAAAGAGAUGAAGAAUGCAGUGCAAGUGGUGGAGACUAUCCUGUCUCCGAAGCUGCUGAAGGAUCAGUCGAUCCCGCACGAACUACUGGCGGAAGCGUACGGGUUGGUGUUUAUCACCAUGUACAAGCUGGGAUUCUUGUUGUCGGGCAAGGUUGGGACGGGAUUUGUCGUCUCACGCACGACUGGAGGAUGGUCAGCACCGAGUUUUCUAUCCUCGGGAGGUUUGGGGUUUGGCAUGAUGGCCGGCGGUGAAGUCGUCAAUUAUGUGAUCAUUUUGAACUCGAGGAAUGCCGUCAAGGUCUUUACUCGAAAUGGUCAAGUACAAUUGGGAUCAGAGCUUGAUAUUGCAGUGGGCCCGAUUGGCCGAGCUGCCAGUGCUGCAGUGAAUCUCGGACCAGGUGGAGUUGCGCCGAACUACUCGUACAGCCACAGCAAAGGACUUUAUGGAGGCAUUGGUCUUUCUGGUGGUGUCAUCUGCACGCGCAAGUCACUGAAUGCAAAGUGUUAUGGCCCUAAGAUCACAGCGCGACAGCUCUUGUGCGGCGAAGUCGCGUGCCCGCUAGCUGAGCCGCUAUGGAGGGUGUUGGACAAGGCGCUGAGUAUGCAACGUGAGUAUGUGAACGGCUUUCCUGUGCUUGCGCCCACGUACACGGGGAUGGCUUGCGAUGCGUGCGGCCAUGUUCAUUCAUUCGGGAGUAACCCAAAUGCCUGUGCCAAUUGCGGAAACUUGCUGGUCUACAGCGUCAGCGUACAUUCUGGACGGCGGAACACGAGCCAGCUAGUUAUAUCGACUGUGAUGAACGCGGUAGCAUAA